AUGCGGCCGCAGUUGUUUCGUGCGGCCGCCCGGUCCCUCCGGGUUCCUAAGGUCACACCCCGGACCUUCGCGACGACAGCCCCUCGCGCGGCCGAGGUGGAACUCACCAUUGAUGGCAAAAAGGUGCCUGUGAGAAGGCAGGCGCAACGGUUCCUAGAUAUUGUUACCACGAGUCGUAUGUGUCUCGUCGAAGUCGAACGUGCCCCAAAGCCCGUGGCCUCCUGUGCUUGGCCAGUACAACCCGGUAUGGUGGUAAAGACGAAUUCGCCGUUGGUUCACAAGGCAAGGGAAGGUGUCAUGGAGUUCCUUCUUGCCAACCAUCCUCUCGAUUGUCCUGUCUGUGACCAAGGAGGAGAGUGUGAUCUCCAAGACCAGUCGAUGCGUUACGGUGCCGAUCGGGGUCGAUUCCAUGAAACCGGUGGAAAGCGUGCCGUGGAGGAUAAGAACAUCGGCCCACUGGUCAAGACCUCAAUGAAUCGAUGCAUUCACUGCACUCGUUGUGUCCGAUUCAUGAAUGACGUCGCCGGUGCACCAGAACUAGGGACCGCUGGUCGCGGAAACGACAUGCAGAUUGGAACCUACCUUGAGCAGAACCUCAACUCAGAGCUUUCGGGAAAUGUCAUUGACCUUUGCCCUGUCGGUGCACUAACUUCGAAGCCCUAUGCUUUCCGAGCACGUCCGUGGGAGCUCAAGCACACCGAGUCGAUCGAUGUCCUUGACGCGCUUGGCUCUAACAUCCGGAUUGAUAGCAGAGGUCUGGAAGUGAUGCGGGUUGUCCCGCGAUUGAAUGACGAUAUUAACGAGGAAUGGAUCAAUGACAAGUCGCGGUUCGCGUGCGAUGGGUUGAAGACCCAGCGGCUCACAACCCCCCUCAUUCGUCGGGAAGGCAAAUUCGUUCCCGCCACUUGGGAACAAGCUCUUACAGAGAUCUCAUCGGCCCACCAGAAGCUUCAGCCACAGGCCAAUGAGUUCAAGGCUGUUGCUGGGCACUUGGUUGAUACCGAAUCGCUCGUAGCCAUGAAGGACCUGGCAAACAAGCUUGGCUCUGACAACCUUGCCCUGGAUCAACCUGGAGGUGGUGCCCCCAUUGCUCACGGUAUCGAUGUCCGUUCUAACUACCUGUUCAACUCCAAGAUCUAUGGAAUUGAGGAGGCAGAUGCAAUCCUUUUGGUUGCAACAAACCCUCGUCACGAAGCCGCAGUUCUUAACGCCCGUAUCCGCAAGCAGUAUAUUAGAUCUGAUCUUGAGGUUGGGCUUGUCGGCGAGGAGUUUGAGAGCACAUUUGACUACAACCAUUUGGGCACUGAUAUCUCUUCCUUGAAAUCCGCUUUGUCGGGAGAAUUUGGGAAGAAGCUUGCUGGCGCCAAACGGCCAAUGAUUAUUGUCGGUAGCGCCGCUGCAGAGCACCCUGACGCCAAGGCUAUCUUCGAGGCCGUCGGUGGUUUCGUUGAGAAGAAUGCAAACAACUUCAUCACCCCUGAGUGGCAGGGCUAUAAUGUCCUCCAGCGUGCGGCGUCUCGGGCUGGUGCCUAUGAAGUUGGCUUCACUACACCAUCUUCUCAGGUUGCCCAGACUAUCCCCAAGAUGAUGUGGCUUUUGGGUGCAGAUGAGAUUGCCCAAAGCGAGAUCCCGAAGGAUGCGUUUGUCAUCUACCAGGGACACCAUGGUGAUCGCGGUGCUCAACUUGCCGAUGUCGUUCUCCCCGGCGCUGCUUACACUGAGAAGUCAGGUACAUACAUCAACACAGAAGGUCGUGUGCAAGUUACCCGUGCUGCCACUUCUCUCCCCGGUGCAGCUCGCGAUGACUGGAAGAUCAUCCGUGCCACUAGCGAGUUCCUCGGUGCUCCUCUUCCUUAUGAUGAUAUCGAGGCUCUUCGUGACCGCAUGGAGGAGAUCAGCCCUGUCAUGCGUCACUACGACGUUGUUGAGCCGACCUCGGUUGGCUCUUUGAGCAAGGUCCAACUUGUGGACCAGAACAGGGGAUCUCCAGCUACUGGGGCUCCUUUCAAGAAGAAGGCGAGUACCCUAUUCCAUCGUUCGCCCACCAUGGCCCGUGCCUCCGCUGCCAAGGCCACCGGAAACCCUGAGACCAACUUCAUGGCCGCGGGAGAAAUGUCUCCUCAGGCUUUGUAUGGCUAG